CACCACACAUUUUGCAACACUAGAAGAUCACCAGUGUUUUUUGCAGCCCUAAAACCUAGAGCCGGGCUUGAUUGUUAUCGCAUACAUUUUAUGUAAACAAAAGAAACUGGGAUCUGCUCCAUGAUCGGCCUAACCCCCCUGUUCGCUCUAAUCCUCGCGUGCCUGGGAAAUGUCGCCGCCGAGAAGUUACCCAACAUCCUGUUGAUCCUGUCCGACGAUCAGGAUGUGGAGCUACGCGGGAUGUUUCCCAUGGAGCAGACGAUCCAGCUGCUGGGUUUCGGGGGUGCCCUGUUCCACAACGCCUUCACGCCCACGCCCAUUUGCUGCCCUGCGCGGACGAGUCUGCUCACUGGAAUGUAUGCGCACAAUCACGGCACCCGCAACAAUUCCGUGAGUGGUGGCUGCUACGGUCCGCACUGGCGGAGGGUACUGGAGCCCCGAGCUCUGCCGCACAUCCUGCAGCAGCACGGCUACAACACCUUCUUCGGAGGAAAGUACCUGAAUCAGUACUGGGGCGCCGGCGAUGUACCGGAGGGAUGGAACCACUUCUAUGGCCUUCACGGAAACUCCCGGUACUACAAUUACACGCUGCGUGAGAAUUCCGGGAACGUGCACUACGAGUCCUCCUACCUGACCGAUCUGCUAAGGGACCGUGCUGCUGAUUUCCUUAGAAAUGCCACAGUAUCUCCUGGAAAUGUUGAACCCUUCUUCGCCAUGGUGGCUCCACCGGCAGCCCACGAGCCCUUUACUCCAGCCCCGCGACACGAGGGCGUGUUCUCCCAUGUAAAAGCCCUGCGCACGCCCAGUUUUAACCAAGUUAAGACAGAUAAGCACUGGUUGGUUAGAGCAUCGCGAAGUCUGCCCAACGAAACGAUCGACACUAUUGACAAGUACUUUCAGAAGCGCUGGGAGUCGCUGCUGGCGGUGGACGAGCUAGUGGCCACCUUGGUGGGCGUGCUAAACGAGACUCAAUCCCUGGACAACACCUACAUCAUUUACACGUCGGACAAUGGCUACCACGUGGGACAGUUCGCACAGCCGUUCGACAAGCGCCAGCCCUACGAAACGGAUAUUGGCAUACCGCUUCUAGUCCGGGGACCGGGAAUCGCACCUGAGAGCCAUAUUGACACGGCCGUCAGCUUGGUGGACCUGGCGCCUACGAUAUUGGCCUGGGCCAACGUCAACACACCCGCCUACAUGGAUGGGCAAUCGUUCCACGAGAUUCUGAUUAACAAAGAGCGGAAAAUCCCAUUUUUCGAACGCUCCCUGCUAGUCGAAUACUGGGGCGAGGGAACUGUUGCCACCUACAAUCCCGAAUGCCCUUGGUCGGAGCAAGAUCGAUUGGCGCAGUGCACGCCAGUGGCGGAUUGCCAUUGCCAGGACUCGUGGAACAACACCUACGCUUGCCUGAGAAAUAUUCGUCACCGGGAGGAUCGGAUUUACUGCGAGUUCCGGGAUAAUGAGAACUAUUUGGAGGCUUAUGACCUGCAAUUGGAUCCUUUUCAAAUGACGAACAUAGCCUACGAUCUGCUGCCAAUAGAACGAGCUUUGUAUUCGUUGCGACUAAGGAAUCUCACCCAGUGCUCCGGACACUCGUGUUUUCUUUAGAUAUUCAUUAUGUUCACUCUGUGUGAAUACUACUCCUUUUUAACCAAACUUGCAGUCACAAGUGCAACCCAAACCAAAUUCGUGUUCGCAUAGCGAUAUAGUUUUUGGAUAGUUUUUGUAUUCAAAUCAUGUGAUUUAAGUACCUAUUUACAUAGUCUCAGAAUAUUUA